AUGGUGCGCGGAAACUCCCUUAUAAAUGACUUAAGACUUCUUAUUAAUAAUCCUCGGUACAGUGAUUUGGAAAUCAUAUGUAAAGAUAAUUAUGUUCUUUAUGGAAAUCGUGCAAUUCUUGCCGCUCGUUCCGAGGUGUUUGAGAGGGUUCUUUUUACAAGAUCCGAAGAUUUGGACAAACAAGUUUCGUUUCUAAAAAUUGAGGCAUCAUCUAUGAAAAUUAUUCUUGAAUAUUUGUAUACGGGAACAGUUUUGGAGAGGGACAUUACGACCAACAAUGCUUUCGAAACCUUGAAUGCGGCAGAUUUCUUUCAAUUAGAAAACCUUCAAGAUCUUAUUUAUAAAAAAAUGUGUGAGAAAGAGGGAAAUGAAAAUAAAUCACCCGAAUUAUUAUCUAAGGCA